AUGGCUGGUACUGUGGCAGCGGCGGCGGGGGCGGGAGCACAACAGUCGGAGUCGGUGGCGGUGUUCAGGAGCCUUGAACUAUGCGACCUCCUCAAGCUUGAGAUCGGAAAUAUCACCUCGCAAAUGGGGCAACACCAAGAGGAGCGCGAAGAGUACGAGAAGAAGUUCCGGCAACAGCUCGCCGAAAUGGACCGGAUACAGCACAGCUUGAAGCAGCUACAGGAGGCGCACAUGGUGAUGAAGCAGCAGUACGAGGACGAGAUAGUUAGGCUUCGACAUCAGCUUGAAUCCUCUCACCCGCUCAAGAGCGACCCAGAUAGCCGUGUUGGGGGAGUGGGAAGCUCGGUACAGGGAGUGAGCGGUGGCAUGAGUAUGGGCUCCACCGGCCCCAGCCAGUCCCACAGCAGCGGCCCCCCGCACAAGGGCCUAGGAGGCAUGCCUGCAGGGGGGCCCCACGGCGUGGGGUCCCCUCGGAAGCAGCCUGGCCAGCUUGAGCCAGGGGCGGCGAGCCUUCGUGGGCCUAUGUUGACGGCACCGGGGGCGCAGAUGAUGGGAGGUGGUGGUAUGGGUGCGGGGUCGGGAGUGGUGCUGCCCGGGAUGGCGAUGCGAGGGCGGGACCACGGCGAGGAUGACUACGGCGGCGGGAGGGGCCAAAGGCCAAAUGGGCAGACGCUGGAACCUCUGAGCAAGCGACCAAGGCUGGCAGACCUACAGGGACCGCCCGGUCCCCUGCCGCCGCACGUGCUCCAUCCCCCACCCGGCUUCAGCCAAUCGCAUCACCAGCAGCACCCACAGCAGCACCAGCAACACCCGCCGCCGCACCACAAGGGCGGGUUCUUCGGAGGACGCCCGGGAGCCCCCCCCGCCGUUGCCGGCGGGGGGGGCGGCGGCGACAACGUUGGUCGCCGUCCAGGCGGCCCGGAAGGGCAGUACAGAUGGCCCGGCGGUUCUGGUCCAGGAGGGGGCGGGGGCGGUGGUGACAGCGGCGGUGCCGGCGCCGGGGGUGGCGCCGGGGUCCCUGCGAUGGGCCCGGGAAAACAGAGGCAACUUGGCCCGGGGGGGGGGG